CCCCCCCCCCCCCUGUAUAGCUACUCUCAUCCGGCUUGGGACAUUCUCCGCUCCACGCACACGCAGAUUAACGGGGACUCUGCCUCCCCGCUCGCGCGCUGAUGCUGAUGUCCUUGAGCUCGGCCUGCACGGUCCUGGUGGUGCAGCAAUAGCUACCGCUGAACUGGAUCCACUUACUGUGUCCGGUUUAUCACCCGCCUUUGCCUUGCUCGCCCCUCUCUCCACCCGUCCAUCACCCCUCUGUCCGCGUCUGUGAGUCUGUCAGCCCGUCCGUCCAUCUGUCCAUGGACUGGCCGUGACCCUGGAGGGAGGGGGACAGAAACGAGGAAAGAGCGGAGUCGCAGAGGAGUCGGAGGAAAAGAAAGCUGGAUUCCUUCAGACCUCACACUUCUGAAGUGCCCCUGCUUGCUGUCCUUGAUCCCCCUCACCCUCCUCCUCCUCCAGUUAUGGAGAAUUAAAGGAGCAGUGGGAGGCUAGGCCAAGAUAGUGAGGUGAACAAAAAACACAUAACCAAUGCCCCUUCAUUGCCCUUAAAUGAAAUAAAAAAAAGGGUUUAGGUGUGAUUAUGAUUACACAUUUUUAAAUAAGAAAUCAAGACCAAACCAAGAUUCUCACUGUUGAGCACAUGAACAACCCUCCACCAACCAAACGGAAGGGGAACUGAGUGGAGAACAGACUACAGGCCGAGAGGAGGAACAAAACACAAAAAGAACCUUACUGACAUGUCAACAACAGCCACUAUGGGUGAAAUGGCAAACAGCGCAGUGGAGUUUUAUCCCAAAGGGUCGCGAGGCGUGAGCGGAGGAGGAAGGGCAGACGGCAGCCUCGCAGGGGGAGACUUUGGGGCCACGGUGACGGAGCUCACGGAGCUGAUGGAGCUCCGAGGGAGCGAUGCCCUGCAGAAGAUCCAGGAGAGCUAUGGAGACACAGAGGGGCUCUGCCAGAGACUACAGUCCAGCACCACUGAAGGUGAGCAGGCCUGGAUGGAAGAAUGCUUGUUGAACUGUAAAAACGGUAGAUUGGUGUAUACAUUCAACUCAGUGCGUAAAUCCAUGUGUACAGUGAUCAAGCUGCCUGACGGUUCCUUCCGCCUCUACAGCAAAGGAGCCUCUGAGAUCCUGCUGAAGAAGUGUUCUUUCAUCCUAGAUGCCAACGGAGAAGCACGCUCAUUCCGUCCACGUGACAGAGAUGAGAUGGUCAAACAGGUGAUUGAGUCAAUGGCAUGUGAGGGGUUGAGGACCAUCUGCAUUGCAUACCGGGACCUGCCAUCUAACCCGGAGCCAGAUUGGGAAAACGAAGCAGAAAUAGUGACGGAGUUGACCUGCCUCACUGUGGUUGGGAUAGAGGACCCUGUGCGGCCUGAGGUGCCUGAGGCCAUCCGUAAGUGUCAGCGUGCAGGCAUCACGGUGCGGAUGGUGACUGGUGAUAACAUUAACACAGCGAGGGCCAUUGCUGCUAAAUGUGGCAUCAUCCACCCUGGGGAUGACUUUAUCUGUAUAGAUGGCAAGGAAUUCAACCGACGAAUCAGGAACGAGAAAGGAGAGAUUGAACAGGAACGUAUUGACAAAAUCUGGCCCAAACUUCGCGUGUUGGCGCGUUCCUCACCAACCGACAAACACACCCUGGUCAAAGGAAUCAUCGACAGCACCGCCCUAGAACAAAGACAGGUCGUCGCAGUAACAGGAGAUGGAACCAAUGACGGACCAGCUUUGAAGAAGGCUGAUGUGGGCUUUGCCAUGGGUAUUGCUGGAACAGACGUGGCUAAAGAAGCGUCGGACAUCAUCCUGACUGAUGACAACUUCAGCAGCAUUGUCAAGGCGGUGAUGUGGGGACGAAAUGUCUACGAUAGCAUCUCCAAGUUCCUGCAGUUCCAGCUCACGGUCAACGUAGUGGCUGUCAUAGUGGCCUUCACCGGCGCCUGCAUCACUCAGGAUUCUCCUCUGAAGGCGGUGCAGAUGCUGUGGGUGAAUCUCAUCAUGGACACGUUUGCUUCUCUGGCCCUGGCCACCGAGCCCCCCACUGAGGACCUAUUGCUACGGAAACCCUAUGGUCGGAACAACCCGCUCAUCUCACUGACAAUGAUGAAGAACAUCCUGGGCCAUGGAGUGUACCAGCUGGUCAUCAUUUUCACCCUACUGUUCUUAGGCGAGCGCAUCUUUAACAUCGACAGCGGCCGGCACGCUCCGCUCCACUCCCCUCCCUCUGAGCACUACACCAUCAUCUUCAACACCUUCGUCCUCAUGCAACUUUUCAACGAGAUCAAUGCUCGCAAGAUCCACGGAGAGAGAAAUGUCUUCGACGGCAUAUUUGCCAACCCCAUCUUCUGCAGCAUUGUUGUGGGGACCUUCGCCGUGCAGAUCGUGAUCGUGCAGUGGGGAGGGAAGCCCUUCAGCUGUGCCCCUCUCAACAUGGAGCAGUGGCUCUGGUGUCUGUUCGUGGGAGUUGGGGAGCUCCUCUGGGGACAGGUGAUCGCCACAGUGCCCACGGAGCGGCUACCAUGCCUGAAGGAGGCGGGGCUGGGCCUGGAGCCCGGGGACGAUGAGGGGGAGGAGAUGGCAGAUGAUGAGGAGGAGAUCGACUGUGCUGAGAGAGAGCUGCGCCGGGGACAGAUCCUCUGGUUCAGAGGACUCAACCGCAUCCAGACCCAGAUGGAGGUAGUGAGCACGUUCAAGCGAAGCGGUUCGUUUCAGGGAGCGGUGAGGCGGCGCUCCUCUGUGCUCAGUCAGCUCCACGACAUGCGAGUGGUGAAAGCAUUCCGUAGUUCGCUGUACGAGGGCCGGGAGAAACCGGAAUCCCACAACUCCAUCCACAACUUCAUGGCCCACCCGGAGUUCCUCAUCAACGACCUCAUCCACAACAUCCCGCUGAUCGACGACACUGACGUGGACGACGAAUCAGAGCUCAGCAGAUACCAGCACCUGCAUCCGGCCCUCCGAAAGCCGCCACCCCCUCCUGCCCAGCCCCCGGCCCGCUCCCACCCCACCCGCCCCUACCGCCAGUACAGCCUCCCGGUGACCCCGUGCAACCGAAACAACAACAACAACAGCAGCAGCAGCAUCAGUUCAACAGUCACCCACGGCAACAAAAACAGCAUUGAUGCAGUAACCCCCAGCAACCAGAGCCCACAUCACCACCAACCCCACCAACACUACCACACCCAUCAUGGCAGGGACAGGCCGGUGAAACCCUCCGCCCCUCACCUAGCCCACCUCUACUGCGUGGAGACCUCCUUAUAACUGAGCUGAACGUGGGUUGGAGAGGGAUGGGAGAGGGGGGGUGGAGCCUUGGGUAGAAAAAGGGGAGCAGAGGAGAGGGCUGAGGACACACGCAUGACAUUUUCAUCCAAUCUCCGUUACAGCAAUCUAACAUGAGGGAGCGAAGGGCGGGGGAGAUACCGGAGGGAGACAGUGGCUGGAGGCUUCGGCUCGCAACUCCCUGAGAACAUUGUGACUCUCCCUCCUUUCACCCUUGCUUCAGCCCUCUCAGUCCAGCCCAUUGACUACGCAAGCCCCCCCGACGCCCUCCACCCUCGAAUCCACCGCCCCGUCUGUCACCCUCCCUGGA